CCAUGGUCAUAUUCGCCGGAAAAUGGCAAAUAUACGACCAUCGACCAACAUACAACAUUCUGUCUUAAACGAAGUACUUAACAACACGCGGUAUAUAUUUUGUUAUCUCCUUGUUAAUAGCGAAAUUGAAACAAUGGGUAAUGGAAUGAACAAGGUUUUACCUGGCCUGUAUAUAGGAAACUUUAGAGAUUCAAAGGAUAAGGCACAAUUAACAAGCAACAAUAUCACGCAUAUUGUGUCAGCACAUGAAAAUGCUAAAGAAUUACUUCAGGAAUAUAAAUAUCAUUGUGUCCAAGCUGAGGACUUCUCUGGCCAAGACCUAACACCAUUUUUUAAAGAUAGUGCAGUAUUUAUACAUAAAGCAAGAUGCGAGGGAGGAAAUGUACUGGUACAUUGUCUAGCCGGCAUCUCGCGUUCAACGACACUGACCGUAGCCUACAUUAUGGCUGUCACUGACAUGGAGUGGACAGAGAUACUCAAGUCAGUCAAAUGCUCAAGAUCUGUUGUAGAUCCCAAUCCAGGAUUUAAAAGACAGCUGAACGAGUUUGGAAAGUCUGAAGAAUUAAAGGCGUUGAAGAGGGAGUUAAAACAUGAUUUCAACAACACUGUUUUUGAAGACGAAAACUACUUAAGACAAGUAAUAAAAAACAUGGCAGAAACGGAACCAAAGUUACUUCAGGAAUACGAAGAAGGAAUUGAUGUUGCUGCAAAAUACUGCAAUGCAGCUCCUAGAACUAGUCAUGGUAACAAGCCAGAUGAUAGCAACUCUGACAGCGCUGGUUUAUAAUUGUCACAAGCAUUUUCAUUUGCUACCAAAGCUAUGAAUGCAAUUGUAGACAUACAGUAAACAGAUGUAAAAUACAAUAAUGAGAAAUAGUUUUAAAAAGGCAUAUAUAGUGUUCAUUCAUAACUUAUACUAAAUGAAAUAGAAUUUAUUUGAAUUUUCUCACUAAAUUUUACAAUUAUUCAUUCCUCAACACAUUUGUGAAAUAAAUUAACACUUU